AUGCACCACCACCCACGGAAUCGAGAAAGAGCUAUCAAUCUGUCAAUCCUGUCCGUGUCCGGGCCGGACUUUGGUUUCCCGGAAGCUGCCCGGCGGGUCAUGGGAAUAACGCCGCCGCAUCGCCAGUCGGCAUCGUUUAUGGUCGGAACUACGACGGGCGGGGCGGCGGAGGCCGGGCGGCGAGGACGCGGCGACCGGCCCGCGGGGGGGCAAGACCGGGGACCCCCGUCCCGCGCUCAGGCGAGCGCACCGGGGCGGGGGGCGCCCCCUCGUCCGGCACGCGACGGCGGCGGCGGCGGCGACGACGACACGGGCGACGGAUCGGGGCCGCGGCGGGCCCGGGAAGCGAGGCACACCGGGGCACGGCCCCGGGGAGCAGCAGACGGCGAGGGGACCGAGGCGGACGGACGGACGGAGAGGGGCACCGACGGGAUGCGGCCACGCGGGGCCGACACCACGCGACCGGCGGCGGAGGUGGGGUGGCCGCGCGCCACCGCGAGGGGAACGGCCCAAAGCGACCCGGGGGAGGGGACGCGAGUCGGCCGCCGGGGCCCACCGCGGGAUCUCACCGCCACAGGCCCUCCCGGCACAGGGGCGGUCCCGCGGCACCACCCGGGGACGACCGCCUGGCGCCCCCACCCUCGCGGGGCUCACGCCCACCGCCACCCCCGGAGCCGCAGCCGGCCCGGGGAGAACACUCUCCCGCCGCACACCGGCGCCCCCUCCUCCCCCCCCACGGCCCUGACGCGCGCGGGGCCCCCCGCCCCGCCCCCCUCGCUCAGGGCUCCGAGGGCACUGCUCCGCCCGGGGACGCCACCGGCCCGGCAGAGGCCGGGGGACGACACCCACGUGAGGCGAGGCGAGGCCGGCUCGGGCCCAGACAGGGGACUGGAACGCGGGCGGUCGCACGCGCGGGACGAGGAGAGGCGAGGCCGGCGGCGGCGGCGGGGAGGGGCCGGAACACCAGCGCGGGAUCCCACCGCCACCCGCACGCGAGGGCGGUCCCGCGACGCCCGGGGCGCCGGCCGGCCCCGGCCAUCCCCGGAGCGUGGCCCACGACCCGGCCCCGCCGCCAGGGCCGGCGAGCCGUCCACCCGUCUUCCGCCAUCCAUCCGCGACAGGUCCGUCUUCCGUCUGAGUCUGAACCCCGAGGCGCGACACCCCGGGCACAACGCUCUCGAGCGAGGCGGCCCGGACCGUGACCGCACGCCGCCACCAGCUGCGGCUCAGGGGGCGGGGGCGGGCGCGACGGGCUCCCCCUCACCACCAGCCGCGGGGCCGGAGAAGCCGAGGCCGACCGGGCGUCGCGCCCCGACCCGGCCCCCCUUCCCCCAGGGCUCACACCACGGGGGGGCCGGCCGCACGCACACGGCCCCCCACCUGCCGGACGCCCGGCGGGGCCCAGCGGGACCCUCCCCCGACUCGGAGGGGGGAGGCGCGGGCCGCGGUAGGCAACGAGCGGCACACGGCCCCACCGCGGGGCCGGCGCACCCAACUCCCUCCCCUCCCACGGAGGGCGGGGGAGUUCUGCUCUGCCCACGUGCUCUGGCAGUCGCCACGGUGGCCACUGCGCACUCGGGAGGGGCAGCGGCUGGGGGGUCCGGUACCCCAAGGCUCCCUCUCGGAUCGCUAGAGAAGGCGUUCUCACCGAGGGCGCGCCGUCCCUCACCCGGACCGUGUCGCCUUCGGGCCCACGGAGGCGCUCCCACCAGCCACCAGUCCUCAGCUGGGCGGGAGGGGUCUGCGGUACAGGGAAGCGGACCACCGCGCAGGAGCGUGUGCGCGGUCAGGGCCAGAGCAGAGCCCGCGUCCCGCCCCCUGCGAGGCCUCAUCCGCCAAGGAAGGCCUCCACGACGAGGGGAACAGGCACGCCUCUCCCUACCGCCUCGACCCCCCGUCCCCCGAAGAGAGCCACUCAACGGGACACACACGCCACCGUGGCGCGGACCCGAGGGGGACACCGGGUUAAGGGAAACGACACCACCACUCGGCCUCAGGCACCUGAGGGACGACCUGGAGCGCUCCAGGGGCACCACCGAGGGUCACGCGAGGCACGCUCACACACCCGCGUGGGGUGCGCAGCGUGGCGGCGGCGGCACAGCCCUCCCCGCCACAGGGAGGGCCGCUCGCCGGGCACACGCCGAGAAGGCGAAGCGAGAGCAAUCUGCGGUGUCAGAAGACCAACGGCCCCCACUGACGCCCCGAGGGGUACCGGUCCGUCCGAGUCUCCGAACGGGGAUUUGGCUUCGAUGUGCCAAAGGAAAACAGAAGACAGAACCGUCAGCGAGGCGCUUCCCACGAGACGAGCGGGCCCCGACCAGGGACCGCGCCCGGGGCCCAGACCGUCCCAGACGGGGCAUCCAGGACGGCCCGAGCCGGUCCCCACCUCCCGACUGGGAUUCAGAGAGUCGGAGAGGGGACUUUGACAGAGAAAAAGCACGUGUGCCGGGAGACGCCUCGGGCGACCGGACCCCACGGGGGGGACCGCACACGCGCCUCCCCCGGUCAACCCUCGGGUCCCCGCCUCCGGAGUGCGACGCGGAAAACACCCCGGGCAGAAGGGACCCGAGGGCCCGGACCCAGGCGCGCCCUCCGGCGACCUCCAAGCCACCGUCUGGGCCGGUCCCCACCUCCGGAGCGGGGCCGAGGGCGAAGCACACGCUCCUGAGGGCGGCCCAGGAGGAGUCCGGACCGCCGAGCCCGAGUCCAGGCGCUCCGGGCAGGGAAGACCCUCUCCCCGCCCACCGCGGCGGCCCGGCCCAGGCAGGGUCCGGGCGGUCCGUCUCCGCGGCCGCAGGGGCACGGGGGCACGGGGAGAUGCUGGUCGACCCGGUCAGGCCGCCCCGCAAGCCGGCUCCGGUGCGCCGCGACGGUCACCCUCCUCGGAAACCUAGAGAACCAAUCUCCGGCGACAGCGGGACUGUCCCCAGGCCUCGGCGCCACCGGGACUGUCGCCGCCAGCGUCGCCGGUGUCUGAGAGCUCUGCCUCGGGCCCAGAGGCUGAGUCACAAUCCUCCUGAAAGGCCUCGCCGAAGCUCCAGAGGGGAGGGACAAUAUCCAAGCGGCCGCCAGGUGGCUCCCGACAAGCGACUCGAACGUCCCGAGGACGUGUCGCUGUCGCCGGCCGCCGGGGACGCCACCGCGCCGGCCGCCCAGACGCCCGAGCUCGGCCCGGAGCCUCCGCCGCCGAGCGACGCGACGCGACGCGACCCCGGCCGCAGAGGAAGGGAGAGACGCUGGGAAGGGUCUCCUCAGGAGGCUGCCACGGAGGAGACUCACUCCCCCACGCGAUUCCGGGGUGCUGGGGGGGACAUUCCACGGAGACGCCGGCGGGCGGUGGGGGCUCGGCGGAGAGAGGGGCACCAGCGGCAUCGCAGACUCCCCCGGAAAGCCGUGAGUCGCGGGCACGCCAUGACCCCGGAUGUCAUCUGCCGUGACGCCCAGUGGUGA